AUGGCUGACCGAAAGCAAAAAAAUCUAGCUCGCUUCAAGUACACCACUUUGCAUAGGCCGUACCUAUACCGCGGUCAGGGACCCGGGGUUCCCGCCUUUUCCCCACUCUUCAUGGAAGCACUUGUGGCUUACCCAGCGGAUGUGGUGAUACCAGGUUGCAUCCUCGUCUUCGCCCUUCCCGAGUCGCCCCGGUGGCUGUUCAACCACGGGCGCGAGGCCGAGGCCGUCGGGGUCCUCCGCGCCGUCUACGACCGCGCCCCCGAGGACGGGCUGAUCGUGGCCGAGAAGACGGCCAUCAUCCGGGCCAUCGAGCUCGAGCGGAGCUCGCUCAGGACCAAGAGCUUCUUCAACAUCCUGCGGCACGACGACGGGCGGCGCGUUCUGCUAGCGUGGCUGGCGCAGUUUGCCAACCAGCUCGGCGGCAUCAACCUCGUCGUCUGCUACAUCCCCUCGGUCCUCGAGAUCAACGUCGGCAUGUCGGUGCAGCAGAGCCAGAUCCUGGGCGGCUGCAUCAACCUCAUGUUCCCCAUCGGGUCCCUACUCCCCACCCUCGCGCUCGACCGGAUGGGGCGGCGCAAGACCAUGAUGGCCGGCUUGCUGGCGUUCGGCAUUUGUAUGCUGCUCAUCUCCGCCCUACUCUCCCAGGCGCCCCAGGGAGAAGAAACGGGGCGCGGCCAGGCCUUCAACUCGGCUUCGGUCGCCUUCCUCUUCCUGUACAUGCUCUUCUUCGGCAUGAGCAUGAACAGCGUGCCCAACCUGCGCCUCGAGGACAUUGACCACAUCUUUGCAAAGGGCGGCGAUCCCGUCAAGCAGGCGCGUCGCAUCCAGGCCAGGCUCGCGCAGGGGCUGCCUCCUCUGGAACGCGACGUCGAGAUGGGCAAGGCGGAGGCAGGAGGCGGGAGGCGGGACGGUUAA